GCCUCAUUUUCAAAAUGACGUGCUUCAGAGCUUAUCUUCGAAAUCUUCCAACAAAUUCAUCAGCAACAGCAUCAUUUCUUCUCAAUACUUAUGGUCAGCUGAAAUUGUCCAUAAUUCAGGAUCAAAACAUACUUUUAGUCAGUGUUCUGGAGGCAAGAGGGAUUUGGAAACAGUAUGAGGGACGAUGCGAUUCUUAUGUGAAGGUGGGGAUGGUCCCACCGACUGGACCAAAAGAUAAACAGAAAACUCAAAUGGUUCCUCACUGUGGAAAUCCAAUUUUCUUACAAACUUUUAACUUUGCUGUCAAUGAUGAUGUGCUUCCCAAGAGAUUGCUCUUCACAAUGUGGAACUCCGAUAUCAAAACAAGGGUCAGCUUGUUUUUGGGAUGUAUGAGCUUCGGUGUGCGUUCCCUUAUGAACCCAGAAAAAGUAUUUGAAGGAUGGUACUACUUACUUGGAGAAGACCUAGGAUGCAAGAAGCAUCUCAAAGUGCCCACACCACACAGCAAAAUUUCAGAGGCUGUGCUGUCAAACCAUGGUGCUGCCUACGAGACUAUCGACCCAGAGAAUAUGCAAUGCUUAACAGUGACCAUCCAUCGAGGAAAGGAUGGAUACGGCUUCACCAUCUGCUCAGACUCGCCUGUAAGGGUGCAGGCUGUUGAUCCAGGGGGUCCAGCAGAUCUAGCAGGUCUACAGCAGCUGGAUACUCUCCUGCAGCUUAAUGGUCAGCCAGUGGAACAGUGGAAAUGUGUAGAUUUAGCACAUGCCAUCAGAAACAGUGCUAGUGAAAUCACACUAGUCGUGUGGCGCACGGGGCCUUCAUCAAAGCCUAACUUUGAGGGCCUGAUCCACCGGCCCACUUAUAAAUCCUCCACUUCAAACUACGAUGCACCGUCACCGCCAACUCGCCGACGCGAUGCCAGCGCCAGUAAAACACCUCCAGCUGUACCCCCCCUCCCGGCUCAUCACAGAGCCACCGCUGCUCGCAGGCUGCUGGUCAAUGGCUCGGAUGGAGGGAACAGCAGUACUUUAGGGAUGGGGACAUUGGCCUGGGGGACCCAGGGAGGCUCAUCUGAAGAACUGGAUGGGAAGCCCCGCCUCCUUCAUCAUCCCACAGCCACACUGAAGGGGACCAGGGUGAAGGCAUCUAACGGAGACAACUACAUCAUCCUGUCCCCCAUCACUUCUGGAGGCCAGGUGAUGCGACCAGUUUACCAAGAUAACCAGGGUACUUUAGCCGCUAGGUUGUAUCCCACUCAACAGGCGCCUGGUCCGGCCUCACAAUCACAGAGUGGAGGGGGUUUCUCUGGUGGCACGACAAGUGGGGGAGGUUUUUCAAGUCGCACCGGCUUCCUUCGGAGAUCCAAUAACUCUAAAACUACUAAGACAGCGUCCACAUCUACUAACUCAGCCCACUACCAGCAGCCAAGUGCCAACUUCGCCAAUUACCAGAACUGUACAAUUGUCCGUUCCCACACACCACACGGCAACUAUGGAUAUGUGAAAGUGGCACCUAAGAUUCUUAUAUUCCCCAUCUUUGUUCAGCCUAUUGAUCUGUGCAGCCGAAAUCUGAUCAUAUCUGAGGAAAUGAUACUGCAUGAAAGCAAGCAUCACGCUCUGAAGGUCACAGUGUUUGUCUACAAUGACCUGAUGUUAGUGACAAGAGAAGAUGAGCCUGGCAGGUGCAAUGUCCUCCAGAGUCCACUAUACCUGCGACACCUGCGCUUACAAGAUGAUUAUGUUGAAGAACUGAGAUUCUACCUAAUCCAUAUGACAGAGAAGUGUGACUGCCUGCUCAGUCUGGAAGCCUAUUCAGCCGACCAGAAGCGCCGCGUGUGUCAGUGCCUGAAGGACAACAUUGACAAGCAGCUUCAGCUUUACAGGAGGGAGCCCCUAGUUCCACAUUUUGAACAGAUGUUGGAGCCCAAGGUGGAUGCCCCUUCUUGUGAGCUGGGCAGUGCUGGAGGAGGUGGUGUGUGUCUACACCUGCCGCCCCGCAGCUCUGAGGGUGAGGAGAGCAGCCUGUACCCCUCCAGCCCGUCAGAGCCCCCCACUCUGGGCAGCCCGCACACCUCAGAGCCCCUCACUCCUCUGGAUGAGGUCUACAUGCCUCUGGGAGGAAGCCUGAUGGGCUCCACAGAACGACACAGGGUUCCCCCUACACCGCCUCCUUCCACAGAGGGCGAGGACUACAAGAGCAUGGAGGGGCACGAGAUGGAUCUGUGGAGAAUGGGGAGAGAUGAAGAGGGGCUGAACAGCAGAAACGAUGAGUACGAGGAAUGUGUGAGCAGAAAGAGUGUAGAAAGUGAGGAGAAGGAGGGGGCAGUUGAGGAGAGAAACUGUAUGGAGAACCUGGUUGUGCUGAACACUGAUGAAGACAAUGCCUCAGAGCCCCCUGACACAAAUGCACCCCCAUCAUCUUCAUCCUCUUCCUUCGUCAUCCCAGAGCUUCGCCUGGAUCGCUCCUUCAGUGCUGACGCCCUGUCCUCACCCAACACCGAUGAGGAGGAGUAUGAUGAGGAUGAUGAAGAGGACUCUGAUGAAGAGGAGGAUGAGGAUGAAGAUGACAGUGAUGAUGCGUACUUGCAGAGAAGUGACAGUAAGAGGCGCAGUAUGGUGGAAGGGGCCACCUGUGAGAAGCACGGAGGAGGAGGGCUGAGUGUCCAGAACUCUCUCCGCCGACGCACACACAGUGAAGGCAGUCUGCUCCAGGACCCCCGCACACCCUGCUUCACAUCAGACAACGCCAUCAACUGUCUGGAGGCUGGUGGUACACACAAGGGAGGCUGGACGCUACCUUCUCCCAAAACCCUGAAGAAGGAGCUGACUAAGAAUGGGGGGUCCAUGCAUCAACUCUGCAUGCUCUUCUCUGGGAGGAAGGUAAGACCAAAAAAAUGUUUUAAACAUUUAAGCUUUCUUUUCAUAAAAUGCUACUUAUCAGUGAUCAAUGUUAACACGUAAGCUCUAGUUUAUAAUGGUAACCCUCACUUAUAUAUAUAAAUAACAAAAAAAAAAAAAAACAUUGCUACAAUUAGAGUCAUUUGCUACAAUUUUGUAGAAUUUUCAUUAUAAAUCCUCUAAAAUUAUAUUUUUUAAAAAUAUUUUAAUAGUCAUAGAUAAGAUUGCUUCAGCUCAAGGUUCAUCACAAUUUGUUCUGAGAGAGUGACAUCAAGUGGUAAGAUAGGGAUAUUACACUCAAGGCAAACACAAGCAGUUCUUUUCCGUUCUUUAUAUAGCAGCCAGCUAUAUAUUCUUAGGAUUUGAAUAUUUUAUUGGCGUCUAAUUUAAACAUACAUACCCUGUGUAUGCUAUAAUCUGAAGCCUAUAUAGAUAAUGAAUUAACAUGAAAAUAGACUACUGAAAUAUUGACUGUGCAUGAAAAGGCUCUCAAGCUUGUCCUAUAAUCACAUUUAUUUUGUGCUAUGUGAUGCAGCAAUGUAUGCUACUUGACUGAUAUUUUUAGAGAAUGUUCAUGUCAUCAGUCAUGAUAGUAAACCAUAAAUAAAAUGUUCUGCAAUGUUUAGAUAUUCAAUCUAAAAAAUAAAUAAAUAAAAAAUUUAAAAAAAUUGAGGCGCUUAAGUGUUGAGUAUAUCAGUUUAUUAUGUUACUAAACUCAUUAUUUUUUCUAUUGCUCCAUAGAUAACAGCAGUAUUUGCUAUAUGUUAUACUGCCACAGGACCCUAGGGGGCAUUGUGUCGUUUCUCAUGAGGCUUGUGAUGAUGAGUAAUGAAAAACAGGAUGCUUCUCCCAGUGUGUGUUUUUAAUGAUAGGCAUUAUCAGACACAUUAUCAUACAUUUAUUACAUUUCAUUUCUUACAUUUCACCUUACUUCACUUUGACAUAUCCCAGUGCAUCCUUUAUCACUGUGGUUCCUACAGUUAUGCAAUACUCAGAUCUAAACUGCGAUUAGCCCAAAAGAGAAGACAAACUAAUUAAGUGUUGACUAUAUGAGGGGCUCUGCUCCUCUCUAUCCAUCUGUGCUCAGCCUGCCGGCUUUGCAGCCUUAAAUGGCAGUCUGUGGGAGCAGUGCAGAGGCAGGAAUGUAGCAGACAAGGCCAGAGCCUAUUGGUCUUGGCAGAUUCAGGGGUAAUUUUACUACCUAUUGGCGUCAUGGACACUUUUGCUUUGAGGGCUUUGUUUCCAUUUUUAACUAAUCUAUCACAACUACAAUUGCACAUCUUGUGAGAUCUUCACAGACAAAGCAUAUAGGCCUGGCCUGGACCCAGUGAACAUUUACCUAAAUGUCAGAGGAAUACUCCAUGCCUAAAAAAGGCUUAAUUGUCCUUUAGUAAGACUGUGUAAAUAUUACUAGUACACUAUAGGUUGUUAUCAGUACCAUAAAGGCACAGCUUUGUAAUACUACAUUAUACAGAUUUUCCACUUGAAGCUCUUGAUGCUUAAUGAAAACAUUCUAUGAGAUUCCAAGGCUUUAGAGCCCUAAUCACCACAAUAGCAGUAUUAUACCAUUUAGUGAAACAACCACAUUGGACAUUGUUGAACAAAAUGGGACAUAAUGAAAUGGUGGCCUUCAACAGUUUAUAGCUUGAAGCAACACAAGAAAUUCAGAGAAUGAGAAAUCUCUUUACCCAUCACGAGGCAGUUGUGAGGUGCUAUAGUUAUUAAGUGUACAACUGCUGCCUGCAAAUAAAUACAAAUCUUUAAUUUAUUUUAUUUAUCACAGACACCAGAGGAAAAUUUGCAAUCGAUUUAAGUUUUUUCAUUUAUAUAAAAUUAGGUUAGCAGGCUUAACAGGACCUGGUGUGCACAUGUCUCAGGUCACGUGCACACAUUAGAAUAUUUGCAGUAGGUCCAAGGAGCACAGCCAGGUGACAUACGUCAUCAGAGGAACUGGCAUGCAUCAGGUGUGAUCUGUUCAACCAGUAUCAGACAAGAUCCUCUGUCAAAAAUAUGCUUGGGUAUAUGCUUUUUUUUUUUUUUACUGGUGUAGACAGGCUACUUUUAGGCCCUGUUUACUAGGCAGCACUGGCCACAAAAAUUUGAUAUGCACUUAGUAAAUAUUUCAAUGGCCAGGAUGUGUGUAUACUUUAGUACAUUAAAAACAUCAAAGUAGUUUACUUAGUUGAUGAACUUCCAAUAAAUGUGUUGUAAUUACAGCCAGAACAAACAAUUCCCCCAAACAAUUGCCUAAUACGCAAGUGUUAGUAAACCCUACAUACCCUCAUGUGCUGGUAUCUAAUGUUUACUUGUACAAAACAUCCAACAUAAUAGACUUGGCACCAAAAAUUACAGACAGCAGACUUUGACCAGCAAUCUGGUAUUAAGCUUUUAAUACCAAAAUAAUGUACAUGUAAUAUUAAUGGUUUAAAUGGCAGGAAUUAUGUUUUAUGUAUGUCUUAAAAAGAUUGCUGAUUGGUAUUGUUUUGAUUUAGAGAAGCAUGACUGAACAAAAAGUCUCUGAGGUCUAGGGCCAAGUGGUUAUGUUCAGUGAAAUCCUGCACACAAAAUAUUUACAGAGCUGACAUCACAGCACAAGUCAAUAGCGGGUCACCCACAUAGUCCCAAAAACAUGUACUAAAUGUCAAUCUGCUGCACAAUGCCAGUCAAUGCAAAUACAUUGACCACAUUGAUGUGGAAAGUCUCCUCUGGAAUCAGAGGACCAGAGGAAUAAAGUUCAAUAGAAAAACAACAACAACAACAACAACACAUAAAUACUAAAAUAAUUGUGGUAUCAUUGUAAAAAAAAAAAGCACUCUGCCUUCCUAUGCAUAGUUUUAAUGCAAAACAACACUGUUAUAUCCUUAUUACACAUAAAUCUGUUUACUUAAAUUUACCAAGCAUAGAAAUUGGAAGCAUGAAACUUCUAUGGAUCAGUACCAGAAUGAUUUGCUUACCUUUGCUUUCUUUUACAAUCAAUAUAAUGACUCAGCAAGAGAUAUGUUGCAUUCAAAUCAUAUUGAGUUGAAUAACUGUAUUGUAAAAAAAUAUUCCCAAUAUUCCCACCCCUAAAAGGGAAAAGGAACCCACAAAGAAGAAAAACCUUGUCCAGUGGUGAGUUUUGUUAUGAUUAAAUUUUCUCCAGUUCAAACGUUCUCACACACACUACUUUUUGGUGCCAGGAAAGUUAUGACUUCAACGCUUUACUUUCUCGCCAAAUUUAAUCUAGAAAAUAAAUCACGGGACUCCUUACAUAAAUCUUGCGAGCAUGUACUAAUCCAACUAUUUCAGAUAACUUUGUUGGUUAUAGCUUUUCAGAUUAGACUACUGCCACUUCUUGCCAGACAGCCAGUGCAACAUUCUGGUGUGGGAACCUGCUGUUUCCAUCCAUUAGUGUAAUCUUGUACAUGAUGUAAUGGCCUGCUUUGAAGGCUCCUGCAAAAGAUCAUUUGUGCUGGUUGUUUGACUUUCGAGGAGACUGAGUAACAUGAGAAGAGGAGGUCAGGCAUCAAAUUUCAUGGUAAUUCCAUCUGUAGUGUAGCCAACUGAUUCCAUAUGUGUCAAAGAGAAAAAAUGCCCUAUGCAGUGAUAUGUGACAGUAAUGAUAAUUGCAGCAGUGACUUGGUUAUAUUGAUUAUACUUAUCUUUCUCUGUCUUUUCUUUUUUAGUUGGUCAAGAUAAGGCCAUGUGAUUGUAAUUAAAUAAUUCUGUAACAUAAUGAGUGACUAUAGCUGGCAGAGCAGUUUGGAUUAUUUUAUUAGCAUUAUUUUCAGGCUUCACAAACUCAUGUGCUAUUUGUGCCUGAAUAAAUCAAAUUCAGUCAAAGCAUUUCUCAUAAAGAUUGCAUUGUUAAAUAUUGUAUAAUGUUACAGAAAAGUAAUUCUUGUGAGCUUUAAAUCAUGUUAGAAUGUUUUAACCUUCUCAAACCACACCCAGAUGUGUCUUUUGUUUCAUGCACACAUGUUUCAGUAAUCCUUUAUUAUUCUGUCUGCAUCCCCAAAGUUCAAAAUGUUACUUUCCACCUUAUGAUGUAGUGGUAGUUUUCAAGUUAGGAGCUACCUUUGACCUUUAGUUUAGUAGAUAUGGACAACUCCAGGACUGAAAUUAUCCAAAUACUGAAGGUGAUUUCAGUUUGAGAGAAGAACUAAAAAUGCUGAGGUUGGGUGUUUAACAUAUGUGAAUGAAACAAAACACAGCUCCAGAUAGGUUUUGAUGAAGAAACAUUAUAGAUCUGAGAAUGUUGUAAUAUAGACCCUUUAAUGGCAAGUAGGGACGAUGGCUGUGCUCUCCAACUGUUCCUAUUAAUGCAUGUAGAACAAAUUACAUUUUUUUCACUUUUGCUCAAAACUCGUUUAACAUUGACUCUCAUGCCCACAGUUAGCUUGGUUUGAUCACCUGUUAAAGAUCACGCCAUGGACGCUGUCAUGGCUAUAACAAAAUCGUGUCCUGAUGAUGGCCUCAUACUAGACAUGAUCCAGAAGGCCCCCAGUGUUAGUUGUGUCUCUGCAAGCGCUUGUUGCCAUAGCAGUGUUUUGGAUGAGUCAAGUCAUUUAUAGAUUGCAUAAAUACUAUUAAAUAUACAAAUCUCACCUCACACUUUGCAGUCUGAAGCGAUAAAGGGCAAAUGGAAAGUUUUUAACUAAAUACUGACUUCUUAUGUUUGAUUGAUUUUGCUCUGCUUUGAGAAUUUCAAUAGUGUUGUCACAAUACUUAAUCAUAAUAGUUCAUUAUACUAACAUUUUUGAUGCAAGGAAAAUGGUUCAUACCAAAUCUGAUACAUUUUAAGACAAUAGAUUGACUAAAUAAUAGUAGUAGUGGUAUUUAGUAGUUCUGAUUAUAGGCUGUUGAUUCAAUGAUUGAAGUCCUUUUUGUUCUGUAUAGAUUCUUAUAAUUUGUUUUUAUCAUUUUCUUUAAGUAUAUAAUUUAUGGCCAUAAUUCUAAAACCUUUUUUCAACUACAUAAGACCUUUAAUUAAUCUGAAAGAGCACAGUGAUUUACACUGUUGUAUUAUGUAACAUUUUAAAGUGAUCAACUUAAGCAUCCUUAAAUAAAAGUGGCAUUGCUACUGUUGUCCAAUGACUGUUUAAGGAAACAUCUCCACACACCAUCUUGAAAAGGACCAAAGGGUUUAGUCCUGCACCAAAAGGACUAAACCCUCUGUACAAAGCCUUCCAUGUGUCAUAAAAAUGGUACAUACUGUAAGAAUUUGAGAACGCAUUGUUCUUGGCCAACUAUGUAGCCCACACCAUGAGGGCUAGGCUGACCAGGUCUUAACCAUGCAACAAUGUAGUACCAAACACAAAGUCAAACUGGAUAAUACUGUUAGAGACGCAGCAUAAAUUGGAAAAAAAAGGGAAACAAUAAUACUAUUUUAGUCCUUGAUGUUGCAAUCAAAGGUGUAUUCUGGAAUAAAUGAUUUGAUCAAAGUAAUUUCCUGUCUUACAACUGAAACAGAAUCACAGCUACUGGCAACAAUAAUUACAAUUUUAUAUCCGCUUUUUUCACUCGUGUUUAAACCAGGAAAAUUUCAGAAUAGAGUCCAUUUCCUCCCCCAAGGUCUGACUUGUUUUUAGCAGAUACCGAUAUUUGACUUCCAGUUGUUGCCGAUAAUCGAUAUUUGCUGAUAUCAAUACAAAGAUUUAAAAUCUUUUGUAAAGGUCCACAAGUUGAAGUUAUGUUGUAGUAAAGAUCACAAAUAUCACAAACAUUUUACUUUUGUAAAAAAAAAAAAAAAAUAGCACUACCCAUAGUUGUGACUGUUUGAAAGGAAUUGUCAAAAAGGCAAAGUAAAACAUAUUUUACAGGGUAAUAUUUGGAGCCUGCACCAUUGUGAAAGACGGCCAACUUUUAUAACUCACAGUGUCACAACAAUGCAAAGACCCACCAGGAAAUAGUCUGUGUCUUAGUAGAAAGGAGAGAAACUGAUGAGGUCAGCAACAACUCCUUUUAACAUGGAGGGACAUCAGCA